AAGAAAUAAUGAUAUGUUUUAUGGCAUAAAGUGUUGAGUUAUUUGUGUUGUGUUUGAGUCCACACUCACUGUAAUAGUGUUGUUGUCAUGACUUGUAUUGACUGAAAAGCCGUUGUUAUCACUCAUUGGGAAGUGUUUUGAGUGAAUGAAUCACUCAUUCAUUCAAUUCAUUGCCUUUUAAUUGCAAUUCAUUAUUGAAUUCACCGCUCAUUUGACACUCAAUUCACUUUCGAUUGUGUUUUGUAUUCAAAAUCAUUAUUUCAAUUCAGUUUGCGAUCAAAACCAAGAGAUUUGCGGACAAAAAAUGGUGAAAAAGCGGGUGAAUGUGACGGACGGAAGUGUCGCCGGCGGUGAUGAUCAACAGGCCGUCAGUCUUCAGAUGGACAGAUUAUGGCGUCCGGUGUUUGACAAAUACGACACCAACAAAGAUGGUAUCAUUGAAUGCCAUCACUUUAAACGCAUCCUUAAGGAGAGUAAUAACCACUUGAGUGAAGACAUACCCGAAGAAGUGUUGGACGAACUGCUCGAACGGUCCGAUUUAUGUACCGAUGGUGUCAUUACUUACGAGGAGUUCUUGAAAAUGAUUCACGCCAGAGAUUUAGGGGCUCAGAGGCCACGCCUACAGAGAUUGAUCCGAUACGCGGCGAUGGCUGUGGUGCCCAAAACGCAGCGCCGGUCUGUUAUUCGCAGAUAUCUGGAAGAAUAUAACUGUAUGCCACCGCCGCUGUUCCUUCUGGUGAUCAGCGUAUUGGAGAUCUCAGUAUUCGUGUACUAUUGCGUAGAUAUGGGACAGAUCUCAGCGAUAGGUCCGGUGCCGUGGAGGAGCCCUCUUAUCUACGACCCGUGCAAACGCGAGCAGGCGUGGAGGUUCGUCACCUAUAUGCUAAUCCACGCCGGAUUCGUCCACAUGUUCUUCAAUGUAUUGGUUCAACUCAUUCUCGGCAUACCAUUAGAAAUGGUGCACAAGUGGUGGAGAGUUGGCAUCGUAUACCUGUCCGGAGUCGUGGCCGGAAGUCUGGGCGCAAAUAUCAGCGAUCCGUACAGUUUCCUGGCCGGUGCCAGCGGUGGUGUCUACGCCCUUAUAUCAGCCCAUUUAGCCAGUGUUGUCAUCAAUUGGAAAGAAAUGGAAUUCAAUUGGAUCCGUUUGGCCGGCCUUUUGCUCUUCGGUGGCACUGAUAUCGGUGUCGCUAUUUAUGGUCGAUAUACCGAUGAUAAGGACAACCGCACCAGUUAUUCAGCGCACAUCGCGGGAGCGUUGGCCGGAUUUUUUGUUGGCAUUAAUGUUUUGAAAAAUCUUCGCCCCAAGAAGUGGGAGACAAUACUCGGUUAUGUUGUGCUCGUGGUCUACAUUCUGCUCAUGGGUUUUGCCAUUAUCUUUAAUAUCGCCAAUAAAGACCAUUACAUAAACCCCGAGAACCCGACCCAAUGCUUGAUUACCCGACCACACGAGGCAUUUCAAGGGGCGGACAACGCCUCAUAAGUCUUAGCCAUCACUUAUUGGAAACACUUUUGUCUCCACUAUUAGUGAUCAUCGAUUUAGUUAAGCAUUUGCUCAUCAAAUCUAUCGAUACAUAUCUAAAGUGAAUUGACUGUUGGAAUGAAAAUUUCUAAUUAUUUUGUUUUUUAUUGUUUACCAAUGAAUGCUUGAAAAGCUUUAAUUUCUAUACAACUUAUUAUUAUAAUCAUCAAAACUUUAAACUUAAUUUGCUCUCAAUUUUGAUCACCGUUUCUAUAUAUUUAUACAUAAGAUAUUCAAUUAGUUUACAAAUGCAAUGAAAUUUUUAAAUUUUAUAUUUAUUACCGAC